UAAUAUAUAUAUGUAUUUUAUUUGAAAUGAUAGUAUUUUUGAUCCUUGCAGUCUUAGGGGAGCUUUCUAUUCUGUUACACAAUAGUCAUCCAAACUGGAGUUUGUCAUCAGUUCAUGUCUUACAACAAAUACAAUUAUCGUCUCACAAAGUCUUGUCUCAUCAUUCGAAAGCUAUUACCACAACGUUACCAACAGUUGCUCCUUAUAUUGAUUUUCAACCUCUUGAUAAGCGAUAUGGAAAGAACAACGUAUAUGUGCAAAAGCUAAUGAAGAUACCCUCCCUCAAGCAUUUCAGCAAUGAAAAGAAAUGUUUUCAACAGCUCGUUCCAUAUUAUCUCAACCCAUUUGCGAGCUCAGCUUGUCAUAAUGCCAGUGAUUUGUUUGAUUUCUUCAAGCACAACAAAAAGAAUCUAUUCUUCGAUUGCCAUGAUUCACAUCCAUACUCACAUUGCCAGCAAUUCUAUGUCGUUACAUAUGAUACAAUGAAAAAUGAAUGUUCGUCCUUCAAAAGAAAGCCAUAUAAUCCCAAGGAUUAUGAUGAUGUCACUCUAAUCACAAUCUUAACGUUAGUUCGGAAAGAUCGAUUGCCCUAUUUGAUGAAGAGAUGGAAACAUCGAAUCAAUAUGGUAAUCUUCGUUACAGAGAAUGAGAUCGAUGAGUUAAGAGAGGUGAUCGAUUCAUACAAGUCCUAUAAACGAAUCACCUUUAUACUCUACAUUGUGAAGUCUAGGAUCGGCUCGCGUUAUCAAAGCAUUUAUUAUGAUGAAAAGAAACCCGUUUAUCGAAACAAUACAAUCUUUCCUAUCAAUGUUUUGAGGGACUUAGCGAUCGAGUUCAUUGAUACAACUCAUUACUUUGUGAGUGAUAUCGAUGUAUUUUCAUCCGAUACUCUAUAUUCGACACUUCAGAUUCAUAAUCAAACACUGAAGGAUCCGAAAGCCGUAUUGUUGCUAAAGUCAUUCCUAAUGAAUGAAAAAGAAGUGAAUCACAAGAAUUGUUAUGAAAAAGGAUUGUGUGAGAAUAUGUAUAUGAUUUGUAUGGAUCGUUGUAAUGGUUAG